AUGGCAACACCAUUAACCAUCUCCGUAACCGGCACCGCCAUCAUCCCCCAAAAAGCAGAACGUGCCCUCCUCGACGUAGAAAUCCGCUCUUCUGGCUUUUCCCGCGCCUUUGUGUCUGAAGAAGUCCAACUCUCUUGCCGCCGCCUCGAAGAUCUGCUCCGCAAAACCUCUUCCCAAGAUGCAGCCGAAACAGCAAUAGUGGCGCACUGGUCAAUGAAAGCUAUAAAAACGACCUCGCAACUACCCACAGACACACAAGGCGCUGUUCUAAAAAACGCACAAAGAGUGUUUGAAACUGCCGUAUCUUUCGAUAUACGCGUAAGCGAUUUUGGGAGAUUGGGGAGUUUUGCAGCUCAAGUGGCACAGCUGCCAUAUACAGAGAUUCACAGUGUGAGGUGGGCGUUGACAAGCUCCACACGACAAGCUUAUGCCAGCAAACUACGCACGAUGGCUGCAGAGGAUGCGCUGGAACGAGCAAAAGACUAUGCAAAAGCGUUAGGAUUGUCUGCUGUUUGGCCAGUCGAAGUCAGGGAAACUCAAUGGGGAAAUCAUGAUGUUGAUGCUGUGAUGAAAGUGCAGGAAAGGGCUAUGGAUAUGAGGAGGCCGGUGGCGGAUUCGGAUCCGGCGUUUGCGGAUUUGUUCUUUGAGCCUGAGGAGGUUACGAUGAGUGCGAGGGUUGACUGCAAGUUUGAGGCGGAAUAG